AUUACAAAACGGGUUAAUAUAUUAAUAUUUGUAUUCAUGAGUUGUGAGGAUUGUGUAUCCAAACAAGAGUUUUAGAAAACGUAACCUCUGUCUUCCUUCCUUCUCAUUUCUCGAACGUCUCAUAAUCCUUCGCCGCUGUUUGUUUUCCCUUCUUUGUUGGCUUCAAGGAUGCAUUGAGUACAAGCUUUCAUUCUAGUUUGUUUGACAUUUGUAUCAGCAAUGGAUCAAUUUUCGCAAGGUAACGAAAUCGAAGAUGAUUUUUCUGUUAAUUUGGACAACUCGAGGGCUAAUUGGACUCCAUCUCAAGACCAAUAUUUUCUCGAACUUUUGCUGUCCCAUGUUCAUAAAGGCAACAAAACUGGCAAAGCAUUUACUAGAUUAGCCUGGACAGAUAUGACGGAACAAUUUAACAACAAAUUUGGGUUCAAGUAUGAUCUAGAAGUGUUGAAGAACCGUUACAAACGAUUCAAGAAGCAAUACUAUGAGAUAAAAGCGAUGGUUAGUCAAAAUGGAUUCCAAUGGGAUGGGACACUAAACAUGAUCACAGCAAAUGAUAAAACAUGGGACGAGUAUAUUAAGGCCCACCCCGAUGCCCAUGUUUUCAGAAAAAAAGUUGCUCCAUGUUAUAAUGAUUUAUGCAUAAUUUAUGGCCAUGCAGUUGCUGACGGGAGAUACAGCCUUUCAUGUUUUGACGAUGGUUUUGAAUAUGAAGAAAAUGCUUCGAAAGAACUGGAUGACCAUACUAGCACCAGUAAAGGAAUGGACAAACAGACUACCCCUACUCCCAGUCAAAGUAAAAUCGACUGGUCUCCAAUGAUGGACCGGGUUUUUGUUGAACUUAUGCUGGACCAGGUGCGUAAAGGGAACAAGGCUGGCCGUACGUUCACGAGGCAAUCAUGGGGAGACAUGGCAGAGUCAUUUAACGAUAGAUUUGGAUGUCAUUAUGGUAAGGUUGUGUUGAAAAACCGUUUCACUGUCCUGAGGAGGCAUUACGACUCUAUAAAUGUCCUCCUUGGCAAAGAAGGUUUCAGUUGGGAUAAGAGGGAACACAAGGUUGUGGCUGACGACAAAGUUUGGCAAAAAUGCAUCAGGGAAAAUCACAAGUUCCGACUGUACAGAAUUAAAAGCAUGCCUUUUUAUUCCGGCAUGUGCAUUGUAUGUCGUGACGAAGCUACUGCGGGUUGCAAGCCGAAUCUUGAAAGCAAAUCUUUUGAUGGCAAGAACUCUGUCCCAGACCCUAAUGCAUCAUUGCUUAUAGGUGGUGAAAAUAAUUUUACCGAAGAUGCUCAGCCUCUCUCUAUCCCCAAUUCAGCAUUGCAUGUAGGUGGCGAAAAUACCUUUACUAAAGACACUAUUUUUCAGCCUCUUCUUAAUGCAGCAUUACAUAUUGAUGGUGAAAAUAAUUUUACAAGAGAUAUUCAGCCUCUCCCUAACCCUAACGCAGCUUUCAAUCUACGUGGUGAAAAUAGUUUUACCAGGUAUAAUCAGCCUCUCCCUAACCCUAAUGCAGCUUUGAAUCUAGGUGGUGAAAAUAGUUUUACCAGAUAUACUCAGCCUCUCAAUGCAGAUUUCCAUCUAGGUGGUGAAAGUAAUUUUACCAGAGAUACUCAGUCUGUCAACACAAUAUUUGAUAUAGGCGGUGAAAAUACUUUUACCAGAAAUACCAUUAUUCAGCCUGUCCCAAACGCAGCAUUGCACAUAGGCAGUGAAAAUAAUUUUACCAGAGAUACCAUUAUUCAGCCUCUACAUAAUGCUGCAUUGAAUCUAGGUGGUGAAAAUAAUUUUACCAGAGAUACUAUUACUCAGCCUCUCCAGAAUGCUGCAUUGUUUAUAGGCGGUGAAAAUAAUUUUACCGAAGGAUCUCGGCUUCUCCCUAGUGCAGAUAAUGAAGGCGGUGAAAAGAACUCUGCCAGAGGUGAAGGCGGUGAAAGAAACUCUACUAGAAAAACUCAGCCUCUGAAAAAAGCAGAUAAGGAACCAUUGCUUCCAUGUGGUGGAAAAAAUGUUUCUGGUCAGAAAAAAAGACAUCAAACCAAAUUGCCUCCAACUUUGAAUGAGCCUAAGAAGGCAAGAAACAACUACAAUGAAGGCAUGUCAGUUGCCUUAAAAAAUAUGGCAGUUGCAGUUACAUCGUUAACGAAGAAAACAAAGAAAGAAGAUAAUUUUUCUGUAGGUAAUGUUAUGACCGUGCUUCAGGCUAUACCGGACUUGGAUGACGAUCUGAUAUUAGACGCAAUUGAUUUUUUGGAAGACGAAAAAAGAGCAAGGAUGUUUUUGGCGUUUCCUGCUAAUUUGAGAAAGAAAUGGUUAUUGAAAACGCUUCGUUCAUAAUGAUUGAUCAAUCGUCUCCUUCUUUGUUUUUUGUUUAUUUGGUAUUAACCCUCUGUUCUCGGGAAAAGAAGAUUUUGAUACUUUAGAGUUCGGUUGCAGUUUGUCAUCGUGAGUUUGGAGUAUAAAACAUUAAAGCCAUGUUUAAAACUUUAAAGUGAGUGUGGUAGUGGUUUCUUCCCAAAACUUUGUUAAAGUGAUUGUGUUUCACUAUUUUUUACUA